AAUGCGAUUGGGGAGAUUCUCAAUCGUAAGACCUCCGUAGCUCAGAUUAUGUCGAAGACGGUCGAAGGUCUAAAUCAUGCCUAUGAACUUCGUGAUUCCUCACCUGAAGAUCUCAUUUUUGAUCUCUUUAAAAUGCCGAACAAAGAAGAGGCCAGCAUCAGUAAAUUGAUUAAGGUCCUUAAAUCGUUCGGACUACGAGAAUCUGAUCCACGACUACGGCAUAUGAUGGAUAGAAUGAAAAGCUUUGAGGAUGAAGACGAUGAUGCACGGAACUUCCUAUUGUCUCGGGAUAAAUUUAAAGAAUGCAUUCAUCCAUCGAUGCAAUUGAUCUCACAAGCUUUGCGUAAUCACCUAAUCAUCCCAAGUUGGGGAGAAUUUUGUGGUCAAGUCAAAGCCAUAUUCGAAGAGUGUAGCCAUAUUAAAGACGGCAAUGUAGCCACAUACAUCCCUCAAUUGGCUCGUCAAAAUCCGGAUAUUUGGGGUCUUUCAAUUUGUAGCAUUGAUGGUCAACGGGUUUCCUUUGGCGACUCGAAAGUUCCGUUCUGUGUUCAGAGUGUGUCAAAGGCUUUCAACUAUGCCAUAGUAUCAUCGGAUCUGGGAGCCGAUUUUGUACAUUCCUACGUCGGCCAUGAGCCAAGCGGACGACUUUUCAAUGAAAUCUGCUUGGACGCUAAUGGCAAACCACAUAAUCCGCUUAUCAAUGCUGGUGCUAUUAUUGUGACGUCAUUGAUAAGAAAUCACCUUACAAUGGCUGAUAGAUUUGAUUUUGUAUUGAACGAGUACCGGAAGCUCGCCGGCGGCGAACAUGUCGGGUUUAAUAACGCAACAUUCCUAUCUGAGAGGGACACAGCUGAUCGUAACUAUGCUCUCUCAUACUACAUGAAGGAGAACAAAUGCUUUCCACCGGGCACACAGGUGUGUCGAGGGGGUCUUCGCGAAGAAUUAGAUCUCUAUUUUCAACUUUGUUCGUUGGAAACCAACUGUGACACAGCAGCUGUAAUGGCUGCUACGUUAGCUAAUGGAGGUGUUUGUCCGCUUACCGAUGAGCUUUGUAUCCAUCCACGUCCCUGCCGUGACGUUCUCUCACUUAUGUAUUCGUGUGGAAUGUACGAUUUUUCUGGAAAAUUUGCCUUCCAGGUUGGCUUACCAGCAAAAUCUGGUGUUUCUGGAGUGAUGAUCGUUGUUGUUCCGAAUCUCAUGGGAAUUGCUCUUUUCUCACCACCAUUGGAUAAGUUGGGCAAUUCGACACGAGGAGUAGCUUUUUGUCAGCUAAUUGAAGCGUUCAACUUCCAUAACUAUGAUAGUCUGCUUCAUGCCGAUUCGAAAAAGCACGAUCCUCGACGGAGGAUCGGCAAUCGGGACACUGAAAUCGUCGUUUCACUUCUUUUUGCUGCCAAGUAUGGCGACUUUGAUGUCGUACGGAGGUUAGCGACAUACUUUUCUAACGGACCUCAACCGAAACCAAGUUAUUUAUUGGGGUUUUCUCAAAACAACGCACUUCGAGUCCCUACCGCAUCAAAGGUCUUCCUGGCUUCUUUAUAG